UCUAGGUUGUGUUUCCUGAGCAAAAGCCAAGCUCUGCUGCUCACAGCUCAUCCAGCCACCAUGAAGAUCACAGGAGUGCUGCUUCUGCUCUCUCUGGCCCUUUUCUGCAUCUCAGUUCCAGCUACUGAUGCGCUGCAGGCUGCAUCCACCUACUGCAAGAACCAGAGGACCUUCAGGAAUAUGUGUACCAUGGAGUACGUCCCCCACUGUGGGUCUGAUGGUGUCACCUACCCCAACAAAUGCACGUUCUGCAAUGCGUUCCUGAGAAGCCGUGGAAAUCUUGCCUUGAGGUCUCUUAAUGCCUGUUAAGUUCUUGACAGGAUUCAGCUGAGAAAAAGCAUCCCUCCCUGACAAUGUUCCCCAUGGCAGAUGACUUCCUAAACACCUGACCCUUGAAAACCUCUUAUUAACCCUGAAACCUCUGAUAAUAAAAAAAAAGACCCAGCA